AUGGCUGAACCAGAGCCUCUGGAGACUGAAACAACGGUCACAAUGCUGCUCUUGGGCGACCCAGGCUGUGGAAAGUCCACCUUCUUAUCGCGCCUGAAGAGUGGCAAGAGGAUGACGCCGUCCCAGCCCGGGACUACUCCAGAUACCCAAUUUGAGAUCCUGCGGGACAGCGAUCAGCCGUUCAUUUAUGAUAUACGAUUCUCAAAAAAGAAGUUCACAUUGGAGCUAUAUGACACGUCUAAUCCAAAUCAGCACUGGACAAGUCUUCAUCCGAAUGUUGUCCUCCUGGCGUUCGACAUUUCAAACCGCCAAACGCUAGAGGGGCUAAAAGCCUGGCGAAACGAUAUUAUACGUUAUUUCCAACAUGGCCAUGGCGAGCGCAUUCCUGUCAUGAUGCUGGGAUUGAAACGAGACCUGAGGAAAGAAGGCGAGGGUAUCAUUUACCCACAGGAGACCUACCGUAUUGCCCAAGAGCUCCGUUGUGACCGGUAUGCCGAGUGCUCAGCACUCACUGGUGAACUACUAGCAGAGACCUUCGAAGAUCUGGCGAGGCUUGCGGGCAUGACUACCACUGAUAAAGGUGGACAAAGUGCAGGUGGUUGUAAUAUUCUCUAA